ACCUCUGAGAACUUGUGCGUCAUUAAACAUAGCGACGUUGUUGGAUCCGUCGUACUGUCCGCAGAUGGCACGCUCGUGGCCUCCGGAUCUGCGGAUGGCACAAUCAAAAUUUUAGACGUAGCCACAGGCGCACCCAGCGCGGCCACACCCUUGGAUCACACGAGUACCAUCACGUCACUGGCUUUUUCAUCCAGCAACUCACUCCUUUCCUCUGGAUCGUCCGACGGGACAAUCCACAUCCAUUCCCUAUCCGGAGACGACACUCCAGCUCCUUCUAUAGCAUCAUUGCAGGGUCACACCGCAGGAGUCAUCUCCCUCGCCUUUUCCCCGAAUUGCCAUCAACUCGCCUCCGGAUCUUACGACUGCACGAUACGUGUUUGGGACCUGCAAAGUAGCGAUACCCAUGUUCGAAUCCUAUACGGCCACACCGGCUGGAUCACAUCGCUUGCCUUCUCUCAGGACGGAGAGCACAUUGUCUCUGGAUCGACUGAUUCGACCUGUCGUUUGUGGGAAUCUCAAACUAGUCGGUCGGUCAAUCCUCCAAUCAAGUUUUUCGACGAGUGGGUCUCCUCCGUCAACUUCUCACCGGACGGGAAGAGCAUCCUUGCUUCUUCCGUUGAUGGCACGAUUGGCUCCAGGAGCAUUGAUAUCUCCGAGACCUAUCGAGAGUGCCUCUACGGACACACCUCCUACGUCAACUCCAUUUCAUUCUCCCCAGAUAGCAAACAACUCGUCUCAUGCUCUUCCGAUCUCACGAUCCGCGUCUGGGACGUACAACCCGGCACAGAAUCUCUUCACCCACUCGAAGGCCAUACAGACUCCGUUAUGUCCGUUCAAUUCUCUCCGGACGGUUCCCUCAUUGCCUCCGGUUCUUACGACGGAACGGUUCGGAUUUGGGAUGCGGUGACUGGGAAGCAGAAAGGUGAACCCCUACGAGGUCAUACCGAGGCUGUCAUUUCUGUCGGAUUCUCGCCGGAUGGGAAACACCUCGUUUCCGGUUCUGACGCUCGCAAUGUCCGUGUAUGGAACGUCGAAACGAGGUCCGAGGCUUUCAAGCCACUCGAAGGGCGUAGAGGACAGGUUUUGUCCGUGCAGUAUUCGCCAGAUGGGCGAUAUAUCGUCUCUGGCUCGGAUGAUAGGACAGUACGCCUUUGGGAUGCACACACGGGGGAGGCCGUCGGAGAGCCAUUCCGUGGUCAUGGCUUUCCUGUCUCUUCUGUCGCAUUCUCACCCGAUGGCACACGCAUCGUCUCCGGCUCCUACGAUCACACCAUCCGCAUCUGGGAUACGAAGACGGGGAAGGCGGUGAGAGAGCCCUUGGGAGGUCACACCAACUUUGUCUUGUCAGUCGCAUACUCUCCGGAUGGGAAGCGGAUUGUUUCUGGCUCUGUGGAUAAGACUGUCCGUGUCUGGGAUGCGGAGACGGGGAAGGAGGUUUUCAAGCCUAUGGGAGGCCAUACCGACUACGUGUGGUCUGUCGCAUGGUCGCCGGAUGGACAGCUCAUCGCAUCGGCUUCGGACAACAAGACGAUUCGGCUUUGGAACGCGAAUACGGGAGAGUCGAUCAAGUUUUAG